AUGGCAGCGUCAAGCAACGCAGAGCAAACGCAGUUGCAAGAUAUGGAGGAGGAAGAUCCCGGGAUGGAGGAGAGAGAGAUGGAGUCGGACGACGACGACGAGGAGGGUAUGGGAGUAGAAAAUUCAGACGACGAAGAAGAGGACGACUCCUCGGAAGAUGAGAAGGAGAAUGAAGCCGAAAUACAGCGUCUGGAGGAGCAGCUGUCGAUCAAUGCUUUUGACUACAACUGCCACGUGGAUCUCAUCAAGCUAUUAAAGCAGGAGGGAGAGCUUAUCCGUCUGCGAAAAGCAAGGCAGAAGAUGAGCGAACUUUUCCCACUCACUGAAGAGAUUUGGUUAGAUUGGCUCAAGGAUGAGAUUCGCCUGACUGAGGAGGAGCCAAACCGAGAGAAAGUCUAUGAACUUUUUGAGAGAGCUAUAAAAGAUUACAUCUGCCCAGAUAUCUGGCUUGAAUAUGCACAGUAUUCAAUUGGUGGCAUGGGCUCACCAGGUGGGAUAGAAAAAGUGAGGUCUAUCUUUGAGAGAGCCUUAACAGCUGUGGGCCUCCACAUGACCAAGGGUAACACGGUGUGGGAGGCAUACAGAGAGUUUGAGAACGCCAUUCUAUCCACAGUACAGCCUCCUCCUGGCAGGAUUCCCAGCCAUGAGGAGCAGGAGCUGCUGAACACUCAGCUUGAGCGCAUCCAUACACUGUUUCGCCGCCAGCUGGCCAUCCCCUUAAUGGACAUGGAGGCCACCUACGCAGAGUAUGAAGAGUGGUCUGACCAAGGGGUGGCAGAAACAGUCGUACAUCAGUACAAAAAGGCUUUGCAGCAGAUGGAGAAGUGCAAGGCUUUAGAGGAGCCAUUGCUGGCUGCAGAGCCUCCUAAGCUGACGGAGUAUCAGACCUACAUCGACUUUGAACUGAAGGAGGGUGACCCACCCCGAAUCCAGAUAACCUUCGAACGAGCUCUGGCCGAGAACUGCCUGGUACCAGACAUGUGGGCAAAAUACAACACAUAUCUCGACCGUCAGCUGAAAAUCAAAGACCUGGUUCUUUCCACUCAUGAACGUGCCGUCAGAAACUGCCCCUGGACCAUGGGUUUGUGGAAGAGCUACCUGCUGGCUCUGGAGAGGCACGGGGCUGAUCAUCAAACUGUCUCAGAUGUUUUUGAAAAGGCACUGAAUGCAGGUUUCAUUCAAGCGACAGAUUAUGUGGAAAUUUGGCAGGCAUACCUCGACUACCUGAGGAGACGUGUGGAUUUCAGCAAAGAGUCCAGUAAAGAGUUAGAGGAGUUACGAGGAUCCUUCACUCGAUCUCUGGACUACAUGAAACAAGAUGUUGAAGAAAGAUUUGGUGAAAGUGGAGAUCCUUCCUGUGUCAUAAUGCAGAUCUGGGCAAAGAUAGAGGCCCUCCACUGCAAGAACAUGCAAAAAGCCAGAGAACUGUGGGACAUCAUCAUGACAAAAGGGAACGCCAAAUACGCCAACAUGUGGUUGGAGUACUAUAACCUUGAAAGAUCUUAUGGAGAUGCUAUCCACUGUCGCAAAGCUCUUCACAGAGCAGUCCAGUGCACCUCAGACUACCCAGAGCACGUGUGUGAAGUCCUGCUCACCUUUGAGAGAGUGGAAGGUUCUUUAGAGGACUGGGAUGUGGCAGUGCAAAAGACAGAGACCCGGCUGAACAGGGUUAAUGAGCAACGGGCAAAGGUGGCUGAGAAAGAAGCCAACCUGGCUCGCCAAGACGUGGACAGAGCUGAGCAACGGCGAAAGGCCAAGGCAGAAAAGAAGGGUCAGAAAAAGGGUCAGAAGGACUUUCGACCCAGGGAGAAGAGGAAAGCAGAGCAGGAUGAUUAUCACAAUGAAUGGAAUGAAGACUCCCAACAAGCCCCCAAAAGGCACAGAGGAAACAAGGACCAAACCGGAGAAGAGUAUAUGGAGACAGAGACAGGAGUGUCUGGGAGGAAUGCUCCCCCCGGCUAUAAGCCUACUCCACCUAGCGUUAAAAAAGCCCAGGAGGCUGCCGCCCAGAAGCAACACGACGACAAGCCUGAGCUUCGAAACGAUAACAGCAGUGUGUUCAUCAGCAAUCUGGCAUACACACUGGAGGAGCCCGAGGAAAAACUCAGGACGCUGUUUGAGCCCUGUGGCCCCAUUAAUCAGAUUCGGCCCAUCUUCAGCAACAAAGGGGGCUUCAAAGGCUACUGCUACGUACAGUUUGAAGCCCCGGUGUCAGUCCCUGAAGCCCUGAAGCUGGAUAGACGAGAGGUCGAGGGCAGGCCCAUGUUUGUGUCACCAUGUGUAGACAAAAACAAAAACCCUGACUUUAAGGUGUUCAAAUACAACACAUCUAUUGAGAAACAGAAAAUCUUUAUCUCUGGGCUGCCAUUCUCCUGCACUAAGGAACAACUGGAGGAAAUAAGCAAAAAGUAUGGCACCGUUGUAGAUGUUCGUCUGGUCACGUAUCGCUCAGGAAAACCCAAGGGUCUGGCAUAUGUUGAGUUUGCAGAUGAAACUCAGGCUUCUCAGGCAGUACUGAAAAUGGAUGGUAUGGAGAUAGAGACCAACAAAAUCUCUGUUGCUAUAAGUAACCCUCCUCGCAGGAACAUGAUGGAUAAACCUGGUUCCAGCAGACCCACGACAGACCUGAUGCCUCGACAGGUCUAUGGCUCGAGGGGUAGAGGACGCACCCAACUCUCGUUACUCCCUCGUUCCCUGCAUCGACAAAGUGCACCUAUAAGCAAAGUGGAGAACGGAAAUGCAGCAACAGCAGCGAACACAGCCGGAGAAGCAAAGCCUUUGUCAAAUUCAGACUUUGCCAGGAUGAUUCUCAAUAAGUGAAAGGAUGAGCGAGAGGAUCACGAUCGCCCUCACACUGAAAGCCAUCUUGUGUCCUUACCAAUUAGUGUUGGUGAUUUUUCUGUACUCGGUUACCGGACUUCCCUUUAAUCUCAGUCUUGUUCUCAUCAUCCGUUUUGCGAGAUUGCCUUAAUCACCGAGCUCCUGCCCUCCGUCACAAAACCUUUUUCAACCAACAUCACAGUGACUUUUGACCGGUGUGAAAGAUAGUUUUUGUUGUUGCUGCUGCUGCUGGGUGGUUUUGAAGGUGGCUGGCAGGCUAUUUUAUAAAAAGUGUAUAAUAUUUGUGUGUAAAUAUAUUGUAUCUAAAUUGUUGGCCUCACGUUGCAAAGUGUCUUCUUUUGUGGUUAAAUGUGAAGGGAUGUGACAGAAGCUUAUGGGAGAGUAUUUUUUUAAAUAUUCAAAACAGCCAAACUUGAGUGUGUUUA